UGGGGCGUCGGCCAUCGCGGGAGCCACGCGGACUACGCGUUCCAAAUCCUUAACAGCAUCCGCCGAAUUAAGUCUGUGUGCACGUACGUGUAGCCGCCGCCGCAGAUAGUACACCGGCUAUCUAUCCAUCUAUCUACUCAGCUUUGCGUCCUCCCGCGAAUUCACCGCAGCAAUGGCGUCCCUCGUCGCCGUCCAGCCUGUCGCCGUGAAGGGCCUCGCCGGCAGCUCCAUCUCCGGCAGGAAGCUCGCCGUCAGGCCGUCGCCCCGGGCGCUCUGCCGCACCACCCGCAGGCCGCGCGCCGCCGUGGUGGCCAAGUACGGCGAGAAGAGCGUCUACUUCGACCUCGAGGACAUCGGCAACACCACCGGGCAGUGGGACCUGUACGGCUCCGACGCGCCGUCGCCGUACAACCCUCUCCAGAGCAAGUUCUUCGAGACGUUCGCGGGGCCCUUCACCAAGAGGGGGCUCCUGCUCAAGUUCCUGCUGCUCGGCGGCGGAUCGCUGGUGGCCUACGUCAGCGCGUCGGCGUCGCCAGACCUGCUUCCGAUCAAGAAGGGCCCGCAGCUGCCGCCGACGCCCGGCCCACGCGGCAAGAUCUAAAUUAAAUUCCUCGUCUCUGCCUCACCUUCUUCUUGAUCCGAUCCAUCCAUGCAAAUCCUCUGUACUGUACUGCUAGUCCCCCAUGGCCGGAUCGCCAUGGAUUAAUUCCCCCUGUUUAUGAUGUUGAUAUAAUUGUACUAUUCCUAUGGCUAUAUAAGUUGUAAAGGAUCCAAUUCGAUGCUGCAUGCGACGUACUGCGAUCCCAUGUGUUCGGUUUUAA